AUCGAGCAUGAUCGGUUAACGCCAAAAUGACUAAUGUCAAAUUAAAAUUUCUUUAUUUGCUACUGAAGCUGAUUCUCGCUAAAUUUAUCGUUAACGCCCGACCGAACCCUGAAAACGUAACAGAUAUCAUCAUAAAAUUUUCAAAUAACCAUACCUUUAUUCCAAUAAAUCCUGAUUCUGACACUCUUGUGGUCGCCAAUGACGAGGAAGCAGAAAUUGAUGAUUUAAAGGAGGCGGACGCAAUGGUCAGCUCGGAACAACAGCGGGACAAGGAACUAUCACAGAACAGCAACACUCAAAAGCGUGUGUCGAACGAAAAACGAAACAUAUCAGCGCUGCUAGACGAUUUAAUCGAUUCAGAAACUAACCGAGAUGAUACUAUCACCGAUUUACUGUUCAAGCCCGAUUCAGAAUUCGUCGAAGGCGUGCCGACUUUCGAAUUUUUGAUCGCCACUAGAAUCAACGAGAGUGAAACUGGCGUUAAUGAAACCAGUAGAGAUGCAGGCGUCGGUGAUGUGCUCAAGAAGUUGGAUUACGUUGAACUUGUCGAAGUGGUGAAAGCCGGUAAAGAGAACAGAAGUGCCUAUAUGUUGAACAUAACCGGACACGAAGUCGAUAACGAUCUAGCGCCGGACACAAUCUUGUCUGUGUUCUCAGGUUUCACGGACGUCCAGACAUUGUUCCUGGCCUGCUUCGGGACCCUGCUGCCCUUGCUGGCGGUGCUCUUUGCUACGUUGGUCAUCAGAUGUUUGUGCAGAAGGCACUGUCCAGGGUUCUGCAAGAAGCACACCGGUUCUUCGGCGUCCGAUAGCAGCGACAACAAAGAUGGAAACCACCAGCAGGUAAAAUCUUCGACUGAAGAUGAAACAGGCGUUCAUAGAGUGGAGAACCGAGAGUCACCGCCUGGCAAUGGAUCAAUCUUCACAAUGACUUUGAAGAACAAUCAUCUAAUAGUCGAAACAGAAGAGAGAAAUGAUAUCACAAAGAACGGACGUGAAACCAAAAUGAAAUAUUCCCCGGACAACGAUGGCAUUUUCGUGGUGGAAGUUCAACAAUCAUCAGCAUACAGGCCGAACAACGUUGCACUCCAAAACUCACCACCUCAAGACCCUCAGAUCUCGACGAACCAGGCUCUUAUUCACAGAGUACCUGAAGAGUUGGACAAAAGGGCAGAAGAUGACAGUGAGCGUAGCAGCGAGAAGUGCGAAAGGGACAAAGCAUUGGCUUUAUCGAGCACUGGUCUCUCAAUUUCAGAUCUUAGCAUGUCCUCUAUUGGAUCCCACAACGUUAGUUACUCUUAUGGAAGCCAGAUGGGCUACGAACAAGGACCAUUCGGCUAUCCAGUCUACGCUGGCUACGAUGUUUCUAAAGACGACGUCCCUGAAGGUAUUGUGUGCGACAAUUCCACAGAGCCAUUGAUUAGUAAAACCCCAACUGACCCAGACAAGCCAGUGGUCACAGCAGCUAUCUUUAAGCAAGAUUCUAUUAUAGGUAGCGAGGUGCCAGGUUAUUGUAUCGAAGGUUCUUCCGACGGUCCCUUACUUUCUGAUGUUCAAGCCAGAGAAUACAGUCUUCAGCAUUUACACGACCAAAAGAAACUGGAGAAUGGAGUUGCUGUAGCCAUCACUGAAAAAGAUAGUCCCAAGAAGAACCUCAAUCGAGCUGAUAGUCUACCUGUUCGGAUAGAAGACGAGAAUGAGAAGGAAGCUACCGUAAUAAUCAGAGAAGAUGUCGGUGAUGUGUUCCAUGGCAAAAGGCCUUCACUACCGAUCAUCAAGACGGAGAUCUAUGAAUCGGUUUGUGAUGCUGCAAAGACAAUUUUACCCAGGCUCUCCAGUGAAGCUUCAUCUGAGAUAUAUGGCACGCCUCCCAUGAUAACAAUCACGGAGGAAAGUGAGUCAAGCAAGUCAGAUGGCACGAGCUAAUUUUGGAUGGUUGUUUGUAUAUAUUAAUAAGUUUUCGAAAAGUUUUUUGUAAAGUGUGUGAAACGGUGUGAGUGAAGUACGGCUAAGUGGUGGUCGCAAGGCAUUCAAUUGAACCAUCCUUUGUAACACCGGUCGAUUUAUAUAUCAGAUUGGCUGCUUUAUUCCGGGCUUGUCGAUAUUUUCUUGUUAACCUUAGAGUCCUUUUGUUUUUAACGGGUUCUCA